AUUCAUUUCCCCACUAGUUAAUCGCUUGUCAGACAAAUAGUUACCCAACCCGCCAUCAACUAUAGCAACGUCUUUGCCCCGAAGACAUUGUGGACUUCACACCAAGGGAUUUUAAGCAACAUGUGCGAGAUGUAUGGAAAGAAGACAACAUCUCGGAAUCUUCCCUGCCACUUCUAAGGAUAACCGGCCUCAGAUUGCCCUCCAUCGCAAAUGACUAUGCAGCACCGCAUUCUCCUCCGGCGACUUUUCCUCCUCCCCGCCCUCAAACCUAAAAACCCGACUCCAACCCGUCUCCUCAUAAGACAAUCCCAGCUAAACUCUCGAUCGCGACCACAGCUUCCCUUUCUCUCCACGCCGUUAGCAAAGAAUCACCAGUUCCGCUACUUGACCACGGAGCGGAAACGAUGGCUCGUAUAUGAAGUCUACCUCGCCUUCAAAUACACUGUCUAUUUCUGGGCUAUAGUGGGGUUCUCCGUGAUAGCCUACUGGAGUGUGCAGCAAGAGUGGCUCGAGAGGAAAUAUCCGACGCCACACGAAUGGGGAUUUCUAACGCGGCUGCGAUUCCGCGUCGCGAAAUGGGGGCCGGAUCGCACCGACUGGGUUGGGGUUGAGACGGAUUGGGUCGUGAUUGGGGAGUAUGCCAAGAAUGUCAUUGAGAGGCUGGAAGACAGGAAAAUCGAGGGAGCGGGAGUGGAAGACCUGAUGGAGGGCGGCAUCUGGAUUGACGGCAUUGGGAAUUCCGGUUACGAUAUCACGGCGAAGAGCGAGCCCUGGCAGAGGGGAUAUUACGAGGCGCUGAUGUUGGCUGCGAAAGCGGCCGAACAGCUGGAUGACCAUGUGCUGGACACGACGCGACGUAUCGUGUUUCCCGCCAGCACCGUCAUUGGGCCCUCGAACCCAAACCCGAAACCUAUACCCGCAGGUGCUGAGACGGCGCCGCGCGAGGAGAAUUGCGAACGCGCAUUCGAGGAGCCAGAGAUGUUCUAUAUGCGGAUCUUAACGACACGAGGCUUUUCAUCGAAACAGAAGAUGGACGCCGCAUUGGCAUAUGCCUCGUGGCUUGACUUCAAAGAGGUCCCCGAGGCAGCGAUAAGGAUGUACGACUGGGCGCUAUCUCUCGCGUCCGAGAACACGCCGCCGACGGAGAUGCCAUACGACAAGGGAUCGUACGUGCUCCGCGACAAUGCGCCCACACCCUCCAAGAAUAUCCUCGACGCCCUCACCGCACUAGCAACGCACAAGGCUCGCAAUGGGGAUAUAUCCAGCGCUCUCCCCAUCCUCCUCUCCAUCCUCCGCGCCCGCCGCUCUCUCCCCGAAACACAGCCCAAAUUCUCCUCCACAUCAUACACCCAACCAGAACCACCAUCCAACUCCCCCUGGACAGCCAGCAACAUCCUCAGCACCAUCAAACGCCUCGUCGCACCACCAGCCUACCCGCCCCCCCCACCCUCCGGCGACUCACCCCCUAUCCGCGACGCGCAAGAGCGCUGCGAAGAAGCCGGUCUAAACCUCUACAUAGGCGAGAUCAUCUACGCGAGCCGAGCCCGCGAGGACGGCGUAGCCUGGACCCGCGAAGCCGUGGACCUCGCCGAGGAACAACUGCACAAGCUCGGGCCCUCCCCGCAUUCCUCCGGAGCGAAGAAGACGUGCAGGGAAUGUCUGAGCAGCGGGCUCGAGAACUGGGCGAAGAUGGCAGCGCGUCUAGCCCGCGAGGAGCGCGAGAAAGAGGCCGCUCCAUCCGCUUCUUCGGGAUCCACAUGGUUCGGGCUCUGGGGCGACAGCAAGCAGAAGCGCGAGGAAGAGACGAUCGGGCGUUGGGCGGCAGAGGAGAACGUCGUGAAGGAACGCACGCGGCGGGCACAGGACGUGCUCGAUGAACUCGAGGCGCCGAGUACGCCUUUCAGCUCUAUUUUCUCGGUUUAAUUCGGUUCUGUAAGAUUUUUUACAAUGGUUCUCGUUUUGAUCAUAUGGUUAUCGUGCAACUCGUUCUCACGACCGACAAAAAAAGAAAAGUGUAGGAAAAUGGAUUAUCAUGCGUCUGGUAUUUCUGCGGAUAAAAGUUUCGCUGAUAAGUACGUAUAUGGUGAUUUUACGUGUUACGACACAAAGAACUUCGUUCUUGUUUUAUAUGUAUGAAUAUUGUGUUCAAUUAAGGACAUCAAAGGUAGUCACUACAUCACAAGGAGUCUAUCUGUCUGUAAGAUAUCGAAAAGUCUUAACCUCAACCCUCAACCCUGUUGGGUUUGUGUAUGUCACGAAUGUAUCUCACACGAAAGUCUCGCA